AUGGCCUCUGCCAUCUUCUUCCUCGACCUGAAGGGCAAGACCCUUCUUGCCCGGAACUACAGAGGUGACUUACCCAUGUCAGCUGUAGAGAAGUUCCCUGUCCUUUUGAGCGAAGCAGAAGAGGAAUCAUCAGCAGUCCCACCAUGUUUCUCACACGAGGGAAUCAAUUAUCUUUACAUCCGACACAACAACCUCUACCUCCUCGCGCUUACGAAACGAAACACGAAUGCCGCCGAGAUAUUGCUAUUCCUACACAAGAUCGUCGAGGUCUUCACCGAAUACUUCAAGGCGCUCGAGGAAGAAUCAAUCCGCGACAACUUUGUCGUCAUCUACGAACUGCUGGACGAGAUGAUGGACUUUGGAUAUCCACAAACGACCGAAUCCAAGAUCCUCCAAGAGUAUAUCACACAGGAAUCGCACAAGCUGGAUGUACAGGCCAGGCCGCCAAUCGCAGUCACCAACGCCGUGUCGUGGCGGUCAGAGGGUAUCAGAUAUCGUAAGAACGAGGUCUUCCUCGAUGUCGUUGAGAGCCUGAAUCUACUCGUUGCCGCCAAUGGCAACGUACUACGGUCCGAAAUCCUGGGGGCCAUCAAGAUGAAGUGCUAUCUGUCCGGAAUGCCCGAACUCAGACUGGGCUUGAACGAUAAGGUCAUGUUCGAAACAACUGGAAGGACGACGAGGGGCAAGGCUAUCGAAAUGGAGGACGUCAAGUUUCAUCAGUGUGUGCGGUUAUCCCGGUUCGAGAACGACAGAACUAUCUCCUUCAUCCCUCCCGAUGGCGAAUUCGAACUCAUGAGCUACCGAUUGAACACCCAGGUCAAGCCUCUGAUCUGGGUGGAAUGUGUUGUGGAGAGCCACUCGGGAUCCAGGAUAGAGUACAUGCUCAAGGCAAGAGCUCACUUCAAGAGGAGGAGUACCGCGAACAACGUCGAGAUCAUAGUUCCAGUGCCAGAUGACGCCGACUCCCCCAGGUUCAGAACGAACAUUGGAAGCGUCCACUAUGCACCAGAGAAGAGCGCCAUCGUCUGGAAGAUCAAGCAAUUCGGUGGCGCCAAGGAGUUUCUAAUGCGCGCAGAGCUCGGUCUUCCUAGUGUGCGCGGCGACGAUGAACAUGGUGGCGGUAUGACAGGUGGUUUUGGUGGCAGCAUGGGAGGCGUCAAUGCUGGCAAAGGCGCCAAGAGACCCAUCCAGGUCAAGUUUGAGAUUCCAUACUUCACCACCAGUGGUAUCCAGGUGCGAUAUCUGAAGAUCACGGAGCCAAAGUUACAAUAUCCUUCGCUGCCGUGGGUACGAUAUAUCACACAGUCAGGAGACAUUGCGGUGAGGUUGCCAGAUGUGGCUUAA